AUGGAUGGCGACCAGUUCAGCCAAUGGCUGUCUACUCUUAAACCUGAAAUCAACUAUACACGAGAUACUGAGAAAAACAAGAAGCAUGCGGACUAUGCGGAAACCUUGAUAUCACAAUACACCGAAAUGAUGCCCAUAGAUUUCUUGCGGUUUCUAAAAUCUACCGAUACACUGAAACAGACGAAUCAUGUCUUGUCCCAGCAUCACAGUAUCUCAUCCAAACAACGCAGGAGCAGAAUAACCAAGUCGAUUAACUAG